AUGUCUCACAGUGUCACCCAGAAGUCCUCCUCGUCUUCCGUGUUGGCACGAUUAGCCUUUUCUCCCACAAGACUUUUGUCAUCUCUUUCACCAGUGAAGAAAUUGAAUGGUGCGUCUUCAGAGGAUUCAGCUGCUGCAGAUUCGUCAAUAGACGGUAUAUCAAAGUCCUUCGCCGGGUUUCUUACUACUGCCAGUAUUUAUGCGGGUUUCCAGGACUUAGAUGAUGAGACCGAGGACGGAAAUGGAGGUUUAAAUGAAGAAGAGAUCAAUUCGACUAGCAUUCCACCUCCACAUUCUAUAACUGAAGCCGAUUCCGGUCUGCAAAGAAGGUUGAGAUCACGCAGAUCAAAAUUUGAGCUUUCCCUGGUGAAGCGGAAGCCUACUCUGUCCAACGAACGUGCACUGGAUCUUUCUGUUAAGCUUCGAAAGACAUUUCAAAUUCCGGAUGAUGCCGAGUUUAUCAGUGAUUAUUCGUGCUGGUUGAUGGGAGAUGUUCUUCUUCAAGGACAUCUUUACAUCACGAAUCAAUGCAUAUUCUUUUCAGCUUUUCUACCCAAGAAGCCACGACAUAAGAUUGUCCAACAAGGCGCACUCUCAGUGAAAUCUACCCGUUUGCAUCGAAAAUGGGCUAUUCUACGCGAAGGCACGCUUUCAAUCUACUCCAAUUCCACAGAUUUGUACUUCCCAGAACUGGUAUUGGACUUGAAGACGGCUCUAAGAGCCGAAAUAUAUCAUAGUGGAAAUUUAGUUAAGGAGAAAGCCUCCGAUGGCUUGGUAUGGAUGAAAGUUGUCACAUCUAAGAAAACACUUUGGUUCCAAGCUGAUAGUAUGAGCUCUGCUAGGUCUUGGGUAUCCGCUAUCAAAAAGCAGAUAUUCCAGGCGAGGAACAAAGGUGACCAGGCAAUAGUAAAGAUUCCUCUACAAAGUAUUUUGGAUUUAGAGCUUACCACAGUUCUUGGCGAGGCAAAGAACUUACGUAUAAAAGUCAUCGAAAACCCUGAUUCUUACGCUAUUGAUGACUACUUUGUCAUGUUUUUCUCUGAGGGUGAUAAGGCUACAGCGGAUAUUCAUAAUGUAUUGAGAGAAGCUGGAAUGGAGUUGAGUGAAACCGAUGAAGAGCGCUCUGAAUUGGUCAUAUCUAAGGCCAAAUUAAUGAAGGAAUCAGAGACUACAGUGCAAACGACUAAUUGUAUGGUUCGCACCGACGAUCAGGAAGGAGAUGAUGACAAAGAUGAUGAAAAUGAUGACGAAAACGAAGAAGAAGAAGAAGAAGAAGAAGAAGAAGACAAAGAAGGAGACCACACAAAAGCCACGUCUACUUCUCCAGAAAAGUAUUCCUCUUGGGGAAUUGUCACGAAGGUAGCAGCAUCCGGCUUGUCUUCUCUUGCGCAUCCUUUUUCAUCUUCAUCGUCUUCUAUCCUGCAUUUCAAUCCAAAAAUCGAAGGUGAUCCCUUCUAUGUGACAGACUCCAGCAUUCGCAAGCGCAAACAACAGUCGUUUCUGAAGGUUUUUUCUCUCAAUGAAGAGCAAUUGCAAGCAUUUUACCAUUCUUACUUAGUGCGAGGUUUACCUUUAUAUGGCAGGCUUUUUGUUGGAGUUCAAAAUCUUUGUUUCAAAUCUACUUUACCCGGUACGGGAACGCUUAUGAUUCUUCCUCUCUCCGAUAUCGAGAAUGCCUCAAAGGAAAAGGGGUUUAGAUUCGGAUACUCUGGUCUUGUGGUAGUUAUACAUGGUCAUGAAGAGCUUUUCUUUGAGUUCUUCUCCGAAAGUGCACGCGAUGACUGUGAAUGCCAACUUCUGAGGCAGAUUGAUGUACUCAAAGGUGAACCUGACCAUUCUGCAGUAUCUAGUUCAGGAGUCUCUCAGGCUCUCUCAACUCCCGAUGACCGGCCUAACACGAACUCUGCUAGAAUCAAACUUGUUGAGAGUAAACUCAAUGACGAGAUUGGUGCAGAUGUGCCUAUUAUCUUUGAGGAUCACCCUCUUCAACGCACAGAAGUGAGGCCUGUUAAACCUUACAGACUCACUCUACUUACAAUAGGUUCACGGGGAGACGUGCAGCCUUAUAUUGCGCUUGGUAAAGCUUUAGUGAAAGAAGGUCAUAGUGUUAAGAUCGUUACCCAUAAAGAGUUUGGUCCAUGGAUCAAGUCGCAUGGUCUCGAUUUCGAUGUUAUAGCAGGAGAUCCAUCUGAAUUGAUGUCUCUUAUGGUAAGUCAUCCCUCUAUCAGUUAUUCGUUUGUUCGUGAUGCCAAAUCCAAAUUUUCCAGUUGGAUAGACGAGUUAUUACAGUCUUCUUGGAAAGCCUGCCAAGACACCGAUGUUCUCAUCGAAUCGCCUUCCUCAUUUGCCGGUAUUCACAUUGCAGAGGCCUUGCAAGUUCCAUAUUUCCGUGCGUUCACCAUGCCGUGGUCCAGAACACGGGCAUACCCCAACGCAUUUCUGGUUCCUGACCAGAAACUAGGAGGCUCAUACAAUUACAUGACACAUGUGGCAUUCGAGAAUGGAUAUUGGCGUGGUGUUAGUAAUCAAGUGAAUAAAUGGAGAGAGAAUACCCUUCAUAUUGGAAAGACAAAUCUUGCUGCAAUGAAGCAGAACUCGGUGCCAUUCUUGUACAAUAUAUCAGCUGUUGUUUUUCCUCCAAGUGUGGAUUUUCCUGAUUGGGUUAAAGUUACAGGAUAUUGGUUUUUGAAUGAGGGAGGAAGCGAUUAUGAGCCUCCUAGAGAGCUUGUGAAUUUCAUCGAUAGUGCCAGAAAAGACGGAAAAAAGCUUGUCUAUAUUGGAUUUGGGUCUAUUGUAGUAGACAAACCUAGAGAAUUAUCGAGAGCCGUGAUUUCUGCGGUUGUAGAUGCUGAUGUGAGAUGCAUCCUUAACAAGGGAUGGUCAGAAAGGAAAGCAGAUGUCAACGAAACCUUAGAAAAAGAACAAUUUCCUACCGAGAUAUACAGUGCAGGAAGUGUACCUCAUGAUUGGUUGUUUCCACGAAUAGAUGCAGCUGUGCAUCAUGGAGGUUCUGGAACCACUGGAGCAUCGUUGAAAUUUGGACUUCCUACAGUUAUCAAGCCAUUCUUUGGAGAUCAAAAAUUCUAUGCAAGUCGUGUAGAGGAUUUAGGAUGUGGUGUGGCUUUGAAGGAGUUGAAUUCGAAGAGUUUGACUGCUGCAUUGAAAGAAGUUACCACGAGCAAGAGAAUUCAAGAAAAGGCCAAGUUAAUAGGAAUGAAAAUCCGAGAGGAAAAAGGAAUUCAAAAUGCCAUCGAUGCAAUAUACAGCGAGAUGGAGUAUGCCAGAAGUUUAUCGGUAGGUAAGGCCGCUAAGUCGGGUAAAGCUAGAGUAAGAAGCAUGCCAGAAUCCGCUGCGGCUAAAGACGAUUGGUUAUUAGUUUAA